AUGAGUACCUUCGGAAGCCCUGGGGCUCUCCCAAAUACCAAGCCCACCCCACCACAAAGAGGGAGUUUUCCCCUUGAUCAUGACGGAGAGUGCAAAGAUGUCAUGAUGAGUUACCUAAGCUGUAUCAAGAAGGUCAAAGGCGUCAACCAGGACGAAUGCCGGCAACUGGCCAAGUCAUAUCUUGGGUGUCGGAUGGACCAUAAUUUGAUGGCAAAAGACGACUUCAAAAACCUGGGGUUUAAGGAGGACAAAACUCCCAGCCAGGCUGGGGCCAACACCAACGGCGUCAAGGGCGAGCUUCAGUGGUGA